GGAAAAGCGAAAUCCAGCCGUCGACGGUUCGCCACUCGCGACUGAUCGAUCGAUAAAUAGGCCAUGGGAAACACGGACACGAAGCUAAACUUUCGCAAAGCCAUCGUCCAGCUGACCAGCAAAAGUCAGCCGAUCGAUGCGAGCGAUGACGCAUUCUGGGAACAGUUUUGGUGCGAGCACAACACCCCGGUGCAGGACGUGUUCGCGCUGGUGCCGGCCAACGAGAUACGCAAAGUGCGCGAUGUGAUGCCCUCGAACUUGGCCACGCUCUGCUACAAGGCGACCGAGCGGAUGGUGCGGGCGGUGGACAACAGCUGCCGGACGCAGGCAGAACAGCAAACCGUGCUGAACUGUGUCCGGCUGUUGACCCGCAUCCUGCCGUACAUCUUCGAGGACGCCCAGUGGAAAGACUUUUUCUGGUCAUCGUUACCUUCGUCAUCGUCGGCGGGGGGCGAGAAAGAGGACCCGGCGAGCUCUCCGUCGAUACCGCUCGCCCAAAGCCUCCUGAACGCGAUCUGCGAUCUACUGUUCUGUCCCGACUUCAGCGUCGUGGGCUAUCGGAAGUCGGGUCCCGAGAAGGCCGAGGAGCUGAACUCCAUCGACAGCUGCGAGUACAUCUGGGAGGCUGGCGUGGGCUUUGCGCAAUCGCCACCGCGCAACGGGAACCUCGAUUCGCGGCGCACCGAGUUGCUGAAGCUGCUGCUGACGUGUUUCAGCGAAACGAUGUACCGUCCACCGACGGCCAGCGAAGAGCCCAACCGCUGGAUCGUGCACUUUACCAGCGCGGACAAUCGGCAUGCGUUGCCCCUGUUCACCUCGCUGCUGAACACGGUCUGCGCCUACGACCCCGUCGGUAUGGGCGUCCCGUACAACCAUCUGCUGUUCACGGACACACUCGAACCGCUGGUCGAAGUUUGUCUGCAAAUUCUGAUCGUUACGCUUGAUCACGAUAUCACGGGAAACGGCCCUGCGACCGGAAGUCAAUCUUCUGCAUACACGCACGACGAUAGCACGAUCGCGGACAAUCUUUUCAUCAACUAUCUGUCACGGAUCCACCGGGACGACGACUUUCAGUUCAUCCUGAAGGGCGUAACGCGACUGCUGAACAAUCCACUCGUGCAGAGCUAUCUACCAAACUCCACCAAACGGCUCCACUGCCACCAGGAGCUGCUCGUAUUCUUCUGGAAGAUCUGCGAUUACAACAAGAAAUUCCUCUACUUUGUGCUGAAGAGCAGCGAUGUGUUGGACAUCCUUGUGCCGAUACUAUAUCAUCUGAACGAUUCCCGGGCCGAUCAGUCUCGCGUCGGGCUGAUGCACAUCGGCGUGUUCAUUCUGUUGCUUCUCUCGGGUGAGCGUAACUUUGGCGUUCGGCUGAACAAACCCUACACGGCUACCGUACCAAUGGACAUCCCGGUCUUCACCGGGACCCACGCCGAUCUGCUGAUAACGGUUUUCCACAAAAUCAUCGCCACCGGACACCAGCGGCUGCAACCGUUGUUCGACUGCCUGCUGACGAUUCUGGUGAACGUUUCGCCGUAUCUGAAAACCCUCUCGAUGGUGGCCAGCAUCAAGUUGCUUCACCUACUGGAAGCGUUCAGCACACCGUGGUUCCUCUACUCGGCCCCCUCCAACCACCAUCUGGUGUUUUUCCUGCUCGAAAUUUUUAACAACAUCAUCCAGUACCAGUUCGACGGGAACUCGAACCUCGUCUACACGAUCAUCCGGAAGCGGCAAGUCUUUCACGCGCUUGCCAACCUACCGACCGAUGCGGCCGGAAUUGCGCGCUGUCUGAGCAACCGCAAGGGUGGUGGAGCGCACGGCGGCCGAGUGAGUGGCUCUAGUCAUGGGGCGGCGGCAGGAGCGCGUGGUGGUCUGGUCGGCAGUGACGAUGCUGCUACCGAUUACCAGCAGCGCAAGGCAGCACUAACCGGGCCCGGGACUGAAUCACGCCAAUCGGUGGCUAGCACCGGCGGCACCGGCGAUGACAGUGAAGUGGAGGACAUUAACGAUCGGGCAGGACGGAUGGCGCUGCGUGCUGAGGGCGGAUCCUCAUCCGGCGCCCCAGGGGCCGAUGAUGAUGCCCGCAGUGACAUCGUAGAGGAAUCGAUGGAAGGUUCACAUCCGGCCCAGGAAGCGGAACCGGGAACGCUGCAGGCGACACUACUCGAUACGCCCGACUUGGCCCACAUUACGGAGCGUGAAUCGGCCCAUCCCACUUCGCCCGAUUCGCUCGCUGCCAGUCCGUCGCCGGUUAGUGCCAACGGUAAGCUCAUUACUUCCGGUGACGCUGACGAUGAUGAGGACUGUGGCACACCGACCCCGGUGCCGACAUCAGGACCGGAGGGUGGCUCACCGAAGAGUGGUGGUUCUCCGGCCAAGACGCCAUCGCCACUGAAGCGAUCGGUUGCCCAGCGGGGCAGCAUCCGCGUGACGCCUGCGCCACACGGUCCGCAGCCCAAACUGUGGCAACCGAGCCCGGAGUGGGUGCAAUCGUGGCGUUCCAAACUUCCGCUGCAGACCAUCAUGCGGCUGCUACAGGUGCUGGUGCCGCAGGUGGAGAAGAUUUGCAUCGACAAGGGCCUGACGGAUGAGUCGGAGAUACUGAAGUUUCUGCAGCACGGUACGCUGGUCGGCCUGCUACCAGUACCGCACCCGAUACUGAUCCGCAAAUACCAGGCGAACGGAGGCACGACCGCCUGGUUCCGGACGUACAUGUGGGGCGUGAUCUAUCUGCGCAACGUCGAUCCGGCCGUCUGGUACGACACGGAGGUAAAACUAUUCGAGAUACAGCGCGUCUGAGGUGGGUGCGGGCGGAGAACAAACUUCCUCCCCACUGCUCCGGAUUCCGAAGGUAACGUAACGCAAACAUUCGAACAAACUACUUACACGCCGUGUGAUCAUUCCCGUUGGAAGAAAGAGAGAGAGAGAGAGAGAAAUAAGGUGAAGUUUAACCCAGCCCCACGGCAGGGGACGCUAAAUUAAAUGACAUCCUUAUCCGAAAACCGACUCCCUUAAAAGCCCAAACUAUAAUUCCAGUACAUUCUUCGUCUAUUUCGCGACAUUUUUAUGUGCCCGCGUAUCGCUGCCGCCAAGGAACGCGUUAGAUAUUUAAGCUUAACAACUAAUACAGAAGAAUACAGAAGCUUUAACACACGAAGAGAGCAUGACCCUACCAGCACAGCACCCCUACUGUGGCCCUCUAAGCGACAGAUAUCCUUAUAUUCUCGUGUACGUGUGUUUCCCGAGUUCUGGCAGCAGAGCAGGCAGCAGGCAUCAAAUGACGCAGCUUAUCACUAGUCUACUUGCUUCUAACCGAUCCUGCCUCACGUAAUGUGCAUUUUGAAUAAUACAUUCGUCCUUAUAACACUUUAAUUCCUCCCGCCCUGUACCAUAGGGGUGUAACGUAAUUUAUACGCAAGUGCGCAACGGAUUCACCGGAGUCGGCCGACUGGUGGCGAAAAGUCUGAGCAAAAGUGUCUACAAAGGUAUCUUUAGAAGAUAGCAAGGGGCGGAGAAGAAUCGCCGAGUAUGUGUGGGCUGACGUAAUUUAAAUCAAAUCGAUCAUAACCAGCAAGAACUAGGUAUCCGACCUAUGAUAUAAAUGCAUAUU